AUGGCUUGCAACCGUGCCAACUGGGAUGAGGGCACGACGAAAACUUUGCCGGACUUGUGCAUUGCUGAGAAGAGCCAAUUCAAUUGGAGCAAUAGAUGCCUCACUAAGUUGGGAUGGAAGCACGUGUACCGCAGCUUCAACCAACAGACUGGGAUGAAUUUGGGCAACAAGCAGCUGCAGAACAAGCUCAACGCCCUGCGGAGAGCAUUCCUAAGCUGGAGGGACUUGCAAAUCCAAUCUGGUUUAGGGCGCGACAAACAAACUGGUGGUGUUGCUACUGAUCCCAGCUUUUGGGAUGAUGAAGAAGCGGAAACCAGUGCUGGUGCUGCCAAGCCGAGUUCCCAGCCGAGUUCUGUUAAGCCACUACCGUUCCUUGAUGAAUUGUAUGAGUUGUAUGGCCGUGACCCCCAAGACAGGGGCACCUUGCUGACGGCAGGAGGUAUUCGCGAGGCGACACCUAGCGUGGGGACUGAGGGCAAUGUAGCGGACUUGUACCAGGACCCCAUAGCUGCUAGUAGUGCUCAUAACUUGUCCAAACGGCCGUCCUGGGAAAUCUCUGUUGACAGUCCUCCAAAAAAGAAAAGUGGUAGCUUGGAGGACUACAUCAGAGACAUUUCUAAAACUGUGGCAAACAGGAGCCAGAAACGUGGUGACCGUGAAUAG